AUGACGAAAAGUUCUGAAAAUAUUCCUCAUUCUACACCAUCCACUUCAAGUAAUGUCAAAAGUGCCCAUCAAAAUAACCAGCCAAAUAAUAAUAUUACACCAUCUGUCUCGAAUAGUAUUGAAGAUACACAUAAUACCAAAAAUACACAUAAUAUCAAAAACACACACCAAGAUAACCAACCAAAUGAUAAUGCAUAUUCAGUAAAACGUAAGAGAUCUGAAGAAAUAGAUGAUCUGUAUAUGAGUUCAUUACAAACAAGAAAAGACAAACACGUUAAUGUUGAUUUUGAAAAUCAAUCAAAAUCGAAUGUAAACCAGGAUGAAAAAUCAAUAAAAUUUAAUGAUGCAACUCAAAAAAAUUCUACACGUAAUCGCAAGAAAG